CUCCUCAUCUGCCCCGCGCCGAGCGCUGCCGCCGCCGCCGCCGCCGCCGCUCCGCUGCCCGCGCCGCCCGCGGCUCCCGAUGGAGACUGACGCGCCCCAGCCCGGCCUCGCCUCCCCGGACUCGCCGCACGACCCCUGCAAGAUGUUCAUCGGGGGACUCAGUUGGCAGACUACGCAGGAAGGGCUGCGCGAAUACUUCGGCCAGUUCGGGGAGGUGAAGGAGUGUCUGGUGAUGCGGGACCCUCUGACCAAGAGAUCCAGGGGUUUCGGCUUCGUCACUUUCAUGGACCAGGCGGGGGUGGAUAAAGUGCUGGCGCAAUCGCGGCACGAGCUCGACUCCAAAACAAUUGAUCCCAAGGUGGCCUUUCCUCGGCGAGCACAGCCUAAGAUGGUGACUCGAACGAAGAAGAUCUUUGUGGGGGGGCUAUCAGUGAACACCACGGUGGAAGAUGUGAAGCAGUAUUUUGAGCAGUUCGGGAAGGUGGACGAUGCCAUGUUGAUGUUUGACAAAACCACCAACCGGCACCGAGGGUUCGGGUUUGUCACGUUUGAGAGUGAGGACAUCGUGGAGAAAGUGUGUGAGAUCCACUUCCAUGAAAUCAACAACAAAAUGGUGGAAUGUAAGAAAGCUCAGCCAAAAGAGGUGAUGUCGCCGACGGGCUCAGCCCGGGGGAGGUCCCGAGUCAUGCCCUAUGGAAUGGACGCCUUCAUGCUGGGCAUCGGCAUGCUGGGUUACCCUGGUUUCCAAGCCACAACCUACGCCAGCCGGAGUUAUACAGGCCUCGCCCCUGGCUACACCUACCAGUUCCCCGAAUUCCGUGUAGAGCGGACCCCUCUCCCGAGCGCCCCAGUCCUCCCCGAGCUUACAGCCAUUCCUCUCACUGCUUACGGACCAAUGGCAGCAGCGGCGGCGGCAGCAGCUGUGGUUCGAGGGACAGGCUCUCACCCCUGGACGAUGGCUCCCCCUCCAGGUUCAACUCCCAGCCGCACGGGGGGCUUCCUGGGGACCACAAGCCCUGGCCCCAUGGCCGAGCUCUAUGGGGCAGCCAACCAGGACUCGGGGGUCAGCAGUUACAUCAGCGCUGCCAGCCCCGCCCCCAGCACCGGCUUCGGCCACAGUCUUGGGGGCCCUUUGAUUGCCACAGCUUUCACCAAUGGGUACCACUGAAGCAGGAGACAGGUGGCAGGAGCGCCCCAGCCUGCAGCUGACUGAGGACCACAGUGAGCCAGCGAGGGGGCGGGGACACCUCAGCCGCAGCCGCAGCCGCCGCCCCCUCCCCCGCAGCGACUCGGACCGCUACUGCCUGCCCCCAACUCCCUGGGCCCGGCCCCUGCCCUGCUGCCCCGGACAGCGUCUGGCUCCCCUACUAACCUCCUCCCUCUCUUCCGCCCUUGGCUUCCCUCCCCACCUGCUCCUCUCCUGCCCGCUUUUAUUUAUUUUGGAUUAGCCGGUUGCCCCACCCCCACCCCUCUGGUUCUCCCCUCUCAGGUCUGCGCCCCUCCCUCCUUGCCGCGCCCCCAUAGGACCCUCCCCCCCAGAAGGCUUUUGUAUUUGUGCAUAGCUAGAGUGAGGGCGGAGGGGGUCUGCUACAGGCCGCAAGCCCUAUGCUUGUUUUUUAUUCUGAUUUCCCCUCCUUUUCUCUUUCCUUUUUUUUUUUUUUUUUUUAAAGAAACCGUUUUUUAAACUAUUUCUAGGUUUGUGAAUGUGAAGCCCCAGGCCGUAGGGGGCCAGGGGCCAGGUGCCCCCCACCAGCUGAGAACAAAAUGUCUAUGUGGGUGUGGGCUCCUGGCCACCUCCCUCCAGCCCUGGAAAGGAGGACAGGGUUGUGUAGGCCAGGCCAAGCCCCUGGAACCAUCCCGUCCUGUAUCAUAUGUAAAUACUGUGAGGUGAAGCCCCUUCCCCUCUCUAAGACCCCUUGGGGGUGAGGGCAUCGCCUCACCCCACCCGGCAAAGGUCUCCCCCUGUGUUUCUGUCUCCUCCUCAGACACCGUUACUGUAAGCUUGCAGGCCUCAACUGUGGCCAAGGCAAGCCCACUCACUCAGGCCCUAGGGGUCAAGGCCUUGGGCCUGCUCACCCCAAAAACCCAGCAUGGGGGCAAGGGGUGAGGAAAGAGAAGGGCUCGCCCGGAACCACUGCUGGAAAGGAAUUAACUCUCCAAAGGUCUCCCCUGCUCCCUGCCUAGGUCAGGCCUUCAUGGUUUCUGCUCUGAGCCCCCCAUGAGCGGGCAUCAAGGGGGUACUUUGGGAAGGGGCGGACCCCAGGGGAAAGCAAAGGGCUUCUCAGGGAACCCCCACAUUCUCUCACUGAAGUUUCCCACCAGGAUGGUCCCAUAGCCAGAGCCCCUUGGCAUCCCCGAGCCCCCAAGCCCCCUUCAAAGGAAAAAGAGGCUCAGGGUCUGACUUCAUGAACAGUGAGUGACCUGGCUGGCAUGGCAGGGCUGAGGCCCACUUACCUGUUGUUGGCCCCCCCUCUAUGUCCCUCACCCCAGGUCUGAGGCUGGGGACCUAAGCUCUCUUCCCCAUCACAGUUCCCAUCCCUAAAAACCCCUUUGGAGAGUUAAUUGUCUGUGUGAGGUGCUUAACCUAUUAGCCCUGAGAACACAAAGCAAUAAUCUUUGUUACUGAGAUGCGCGGCUGUUCGUGGUUGUUUUUUUUUUUUUUUUUUUAAUGUUUCCUAAUAAAAGAGAAGCUGCAUUUUAUUGGUUUUUAUUUUUAAUUUUCUACACGUUUGAGCUGAGUCAUGAGAGACUCAGCUUCCUUCUCCUCCCCUUCUUGUGACCCCAUCCCACCCCACUGGGCCCACCUAUGGGCUCAGGGCCCUGGAAUUCCGUUUUCUGAUUUGUUUGGGGAAUUUUUAAAAAAGAUGUUACAUGGUGUUUUGAAGCCAGCAAGUUACCACCCUCCGGUGUCUCUUCUCUCCACAUCUGUAACUUCUUUUUCCAGGUUUUAUUUUCAGUUUUAAAUUCCUAAUAAAUUAUUUGAAAACGGUGCUGGGUUUGUGAAUGUCUUGCAUCUCUGUGUACAUUCAGGUCCAGGUACCCCAAUGAUACCCUGUUUUCUCUUCUGCAUUUCUUCUGAAAGUCUACACUGUCCACUUGGCCCAGCUUCCAUGUACAACUUCUUGACCAGCCUCAAAGCUUCGUGUUGACGAUGAGAUACCACUUCACACCCAUUAGGGUGGCCAUUAAAAGGGCGGGGACAGGAGGGGCACCUGGGUGGCUCGGUAGGUUAAGCGUCUGACUUUGGCUCAGGUCAUGAUCUCAAGGUUCGUGGGUUUGAGCCCCACCUCAGGCUCUGCACUACCCAUGAAGAGCCUGCUUGGGAUUC